GACGUGGUCGCACCGAUUUCGUGCUACCACCGGUUAAAAAAAAACAAAAAAAAACAAACAAACAAACACUACGAACUAAUAAACAAAUAAACAAAAAAUUACAUAUACACAUAUACAUUUAUAUGUAUAUGUUCAUAUACAAGAAACUAACGAAUAAAUAAAUAAACAAUAACGACAAAUUAUAAAUAACCAUGCAUAGUAAAUGAAAUUAUAUGUACAUACGCAUAAUGAAGACGAUGUAAAUUUAUUAUACAGUAAUUAAUUGAUAAUUUAAAUGAAGAGAUCUGAAGAGUUCAAAAUAAUCGGAUCGCAAUGAAAAUCAACGCCAUAUAAGUGCGUGAAAAAUUAAAAGAGGAGCGAGAACGAACGUCGUUAUCUGAAUAAUCGUUGAGUAUAAUUUUGGGACGACAGUUAUCGCGUGACCAAAGAGGAUUACAUAAACACAUAUAGGUAUACAUGCAUCGGGAUAAUAUUACUGACGCAUAACGUAAUACGUGAAUGAUGAAAAAUUCUUUUUCAUAUUAAUAUUCUUAUGUUUGUUGUUAUUGUUAUUGUUUUGUUUUUAUAAAUUGUGUGGUUACGACAGGCUAUAUUGCAGUUGAUAAAUAAACGUGGAAUAUUUAAUCAAUAUUGUUGUGUGCAGCGCAUAAAAGAAAUAAACAAAUCGAACGUUCGGUAUUCCGCAUAUUCGAAGAACAACAAAAAAAUAGAAGAUGAAUCUCCACUGAAAUAGAUUUUUAUCAAAUGAAGACGAUUACUAUACCGUUUUAAUAUCCUGUUAACCCGAAGUUCAUCGAGAUGAAGUGCAGUUUUUAAAUUUCAUAAUUUGCAUAAAAAUCGGAUGGCAUAUAUUAUAAAUAAUAUCCAUAAAGUGAUAAUCAUCGAAAUGUUUAAACUCUAAAGCUAAUAACUGCAGACGAUUUAUGAAUAUUAAUUUAAUAGAACGACCGCUGUAGUUUAGUGUGUAUUAUUAAAAAUUCAUGUUGUUUUUUUCUGCGGUUAACGUCAAGAUAUUUUAGAAAUCGCAUCGGAAUACGAAGGUGUACAUAAAGAUGAACCAGCAGUGCAAGGUCUGCGGUGAGCCAGCGGCAGGCUUCCAUUUUGGAGCGUUCACCUGCGAGGGUUGCAAGUCGUUUUUCGGCCGGACGUACAACAAUCUCGGGAGCAUAUCCGAGUGUAAAAACGGCGGGGUGUGCGUGAUAAACAAGAAGAAUCGAACGGCCUGCAAGGCAUGUCGGCUGAGAAAAUGCCUGAUGGUCGGUAUGUCGAAAUCCGGAUCACGUUACGGUCGUAGAUCGAAUUGGUUCAAAAUCCACUGUUUACUCCAAGAGCAGUCGAACAGUAAUCAGUCGCAGGGUGGACACGGGGCGGGUCAAUUCGGCGGUGGUUUUUUGCCGGGAUUCUUGCCACCCCAAGGUCAAGGUCAGCACGGUAUAUACGGCAAAGAGUUGAAAGAACGAGCGUCUCCGAGUCAGGAGGACCUAGCGCUACAGUCUCACCUUCUCCACGUCGCUAUGCUGAAACAAGAGCGCGAAAGGGGUAACAAGUCUCCCCAUCCGGACGACAUCGCGCUUCAGAAUCAGUUGAGAUUCCUCGCGUGGCAGAAGGAAAGGGAAAGGGUUGUAGCUGCUAGUCAUCAACAACAGCCACCCGGUACACCGCCGAGGGAUUCGACGCCCCCUUCGUCCUUCAACAACUACGUAAACUCGAAACAUCAACCGACAACGCCGCCUAUAUUCCCGAUAAACUUCGCCCAAAAGGAUAUAAUAGUACCGUCGAGUCCUCCGGAAGUGUUCAGGCCCUUUCUACCAACCUACAAAAGGACGGCGGACACACCGAGCGACAGCGGUGCAUCAUCGGCCGGAGAACAAGACCAGGAUGACAGUAGAAGUAAUUCGGCGUUGAGUAAUUAUUUCAAAACGAGUUCGUCGCCGCCUUUAUCGGAGCGCGAAUUCCCACCUCGUAAAAUAAACGCCACGGUAACCUUGACCACCGGAUAUCCUCACCACGGUUUAGGCCUCGUUUAUCCUCCACCGGGUGGUUUGGUGACGCCGGCGGCGUCCCAACAUUCUCCAAGAGGUGGCGAUUUACUACUAGUAAGUCCGAGUCCCGGUGGUUUAGCCUUGGAACAAGACGAACCGAUAGAUUUAAGCGUUAGAUCUGUUUCGAGAAAUUCAUCCGGCAUACGUCCGACCUGCAGUCAAUCGUCGGCCGAAUCAUCCGCGAGUUGUUCGAGUAGUAACAGUCCGGUAAAAGAUAAUCAAGAUCAACCAUCUAUUCCACCCACUAAAACUAAACCAUUAGACUUAACACUUGGCAUUAAAAGGCCGGCUGAAUUACCACUGUCACUUUAAGCCGGACCACUCUGAGUCCUCAAUAAUAUUGUUAUUUUAUCGAUACUCGUUAUUUGAAAUUUUUCUUUUUCCCCACAUUUUUUCUGUCGACUUUAUCGAAUCAUCGUAGGUGAAAGACUGAUUGCGAACAGGGAAACGAAAUGCUCUUUAUUCCGGAUUCGACCGUAAAGACAACUUUUUUGACCUGAAAGGCGGGACUAAUCUUGAAUCUGAUAUCCUACUAUACUUUUCUCCAGCAUUUUGCGAAUAUAAGUAAAUUUGCGGUAAAAAAAGUGAAUUAGCGGGACGAAAAUUACUUUCACUCCUGCGAAUGCCCGACGAAAAGUAGUCUUUACAGUCGAGUCGGAAAUAAAGGCCUGUAUGCAACGUAGAAAUAGAGCUAAUCAUUCCCUCGGACUUACCGCCCUCCCGAAAAUUCCCUCGAGUGAAUACUCCACCUUCAGGAAUUUUACUCGGGCAGUACAGUUGUCCGCGGUAAUAAACCGCAGCUUUAUUCCCUUGUUGCAUAAUGUACUAUUUACCUACUCUCGAUACGAAAAAAAAAAAAUGAAAAGUUUCAAAAAUGAGUAAUAAUAAUUAUGUGUUCAAUUUGUAAAUAUCGCUGAAUCAUUGUUUAUUUGGUAUAAAUAUGCGAAUGUGUGCGCGUGUGUGUGCUUUCUUUUUUUUCUUAUUUCCUAUUUAUUCUCCCACUAGAUAAAGCUAAUUUUAUACACAUCGUAUAUAUAUGAAUUUAUUUGUAAAAGGAUACCAGACGUAUAUAUUAUAUACUAUAAAUGUAAGAAACGAAUGGAGAUUUGUUAUUGUUGAUAUAAUUAUUAUCAUCGUCAUCAUUAUUAUUAUUAUGCCUAUUAUUAUCAUUAUUAUUAUUAUCAUUAUUAUUGAUAUAAAUAUUAUUUUAAUCCGAAGAAAGUAUAUAUUGUGGAUAUAUCGGCCAGUAGUUGAGUGCCUUAAUAUAUUAUUUCUCAACCCAUAACGUUAGUGAAUGUAUUUAACCUAUUUUUUUUUUUUUUUUUAUUAUUUCUAUUUUAUUUGAAACUAUUAUUAUUAUUAUUAUCAUUAGAUAUGCAAUAGUAAAUUUCACGUAUCUUUUGAACGAAUGUUCUCUUUCUUCUUCUUUAUUAUCGUUCUCAAUAAUAAUGAUAUUAUUAUUCUAUUUAUAUAUGUGAUGAAGUCUAGGCCAGUAGGUGUAUACAUAUAUAUCUAUGUAUAUAUUAUAAUGGAGUUGAAUGAAAAAACUACAUGGUGAAAAUAACAUUGAUUUUGAAGUAGCUGCAACGAAUUUUGUACAUAUAUACAUAUAAUAUAUUGCAGUGUAGGCGGCGUUAUUAUUAUAUUUGAAAUAAAACGAAACAUGAGUAUUUUCCAGAAAUGAAAUUCUCUCAUAUAACUAAGAUAGAACGACGUCGUUUUUGUGCACAGUGCGAGCGAUUUUGAAAUCACAAUUUUCAUCAAAUUCAAUUCAUUUUUCCUCCUAAUUUUCACUCCUCAGAAAUUAAAAAAGCAAAAAAAAGUCAUCUCUAUCCUCGUACGAUCUACUCGCCCAUUAUACUCGUAGUAUCCUAUAGGUAUAUCAUAUGUAAUCAAUGAAAAGCCCCUCACGAUGAUAAGAUAUUCGUCCAUAUGAAUGAAAUAAAAAUUGAAAUAGAAAUAUUUUGUAAAUAUACACACUAGGGAAUUAUAAUAAUGGCGAAGAAAAGAAACAAAACUAGAAAAAUGAAAAAAAAAAAAAAAUCAAAUAAACAAAUCAAUAAAUAAUACAAAAAAAAUAUUGAGUGGCAGGCCAGUACACGUGUAUGCGAUGAAAUAAAUAUUUUUGUUCAAUCAAAAAACAAAAAACAAAAAAAAACUCAUUAUAUAUAAAUAUAAAGCAAAAAGAAUAGAAAAUUG